GAAAUUCCAUCCAUUAUCGAAUAAAAACCUUUCUCCAAAUUCUCCACUGAUAAUUUUAUUUUUGUAUCACUUGACAGUUUGUUUGAAUUACUCCUUCCCUGUUCUAUAUAUAUUCUAGAGCUAUUAUUGAUCGAUCGAAACCAAACUUUUUCAUCGAGAUCGAAUUUCAGAAACUGUGGUGCGAUCGGAAUCAAAUUGAAUUUUAAUUUGAAUUUGUCGGCAUGGGCGAUGGCUCCGGCUCCGUGAGUCUGGAUAAAUGGAGGGAUUAUUUCCGAAGUGCGAGCUCCGACAUUUUCAACAUAAUCGAGCAUGCGAUACUGAUCGCUGCAUCCGAUUGCCCUCACGACUUCCGAUUAAAGAGGGAUCGGAUUGCGGAGAUGCUGUUCACGUGCAAACUGGUCAAGUGUUUCGGCUGCGAUAAGAGUGAGGAUAAAUUGAAGAGCGAGAUUGAUGAUACCAAGGAGAGCAAGGUGAAUAGCUAUGCUGAGGCUUUGACUGAUGAGAUUGAGGAGGAGUCGCAGUUCUAUGGCGAGGUGUUGAGGAUCAAGGAUGUUGUUGAUCACUUUGAGGAUGAGUCUGAUGCAUUGUUGUUUGAUUGUUUGAGGAAGCUUCAGCUCAUGCCUUUGUCUGUCGAGAUACUUAAGGCUACGGAGAUUGGGAAGUCUGUUAAUUCUCUCCGGAAGCAUGGAUCAAAGGAAAUCCGGAAUAUAGUGAGGAUGUUGAUUGAGGAUUGGAAAGUGAUGGUUGAUUCGUGGGUUAAUGCUACGGUAGCUGUUGCAGAUAUGGCAACAGAAUCUGUGAAAACAUCAGUUGUUGAAGAAAAAGAGGAAGAAGAAGGUCUACCAUCUCCUCCACUCGAUGAAGGGGCUUUCUUUGCUACCCCGUCUUCAAUGGAGCUGUCACAGUCAACCGCGAUCACAAAGUUCUUUGAUGGCAUUGAUGAUGAUGGAAAUCCUCGAAACAGUGGGGAGUUCAACAAGAACCGAGAAAAUGGCAGAAAGCCGACUAUUCCAAAAACAGACAACCGUAAAUGGAGACCUCAGAACCCCCAUGACUCACGCCCUCCUCCAAAUGACAGGAAACCUGAGCCUAAGAGAAAUGAGGAAGCUACAUGGAUGAAACAAGCCCCUUCAAAACCUCAUAGGCCUUCCAGUGAUGAACCUGGACUAGGAAGACCAAAGCCUCCGAGCACUGAAUCGGCCCUCAGUAGAUUUAAACCUUCUCCCAAACCUAAGGUUGAAUAUGAGACCAUCAAAACCCAGAAGAAAUCCGAAAAUCGCCCAAUGCAGAGGAAACCAAUGCCUCCACAACAGGAGAAGGUGAAUUUGAAAAACGAGGCUUCAGUUCGUAUGAAAUUAGAGGCUGCUAAAAGGAAACUGCAGGAACGCUAUCAAGAAGCCGAAAAUGCCAAGAAACAGAGAACCAUACAAGUUGUGGAGUUGCAAGAUCUCCCCAAGCAGAGCCAACAAAGGAAUCCACACAUGAGGGCAGGCAACCAUAACAGGCAAUGGACAAAUGGACGACGAUAGCAUUGUAACUACUUCUACUAAACAUAAUAGUAAUAAUUCUCAAUUCUCUUCCAUCUCUUCCGGUCAGAGUCCACUGGAAGGAUGUCGCUAACCAGACAAUUCAGUUUAUCCCCUGGAAAAUUUAAGCAGCAGGUUGGCGGGGAGGGGUAUUUUGGUCUACUUAAUGAAAUCAUGUAGCAUAGAUCUUGUAUUCGAUUGUUUAGAAAAGCAUAGAGUAGCCCAUAAUUAUAUGUCUUCAGACUUGGAUUCAAACUUAUAUACAAAUUGAAAAGGAAAAACAAAAGAGAAUGAAAAGAAGUGAAUUUCCUCA